UGUCAAGCAGAUUUCCAUCAUAAAUAACAACAUUCAUAGAAUCAGAAGAAGGAAAGACGAGCUAGAUCUGAAUUACCGAAAUUUCAAUCCAAUAAAAGGAACAAAAGGUCAACAUGUCGGAUAUUUCAUUAAAACAAAGUUUGGAGUUGCUCGAAGGAAAUCGACAGACGAAACUUAAAUCAGGGAAGCAAACAAAAAAAUCCAAAAAUCCAUUCCUACGGGAACCGAGUCCACCGAAGGUCACACUAUCCAGCAUUAUCAAAUCGAAGAAAAAAAACAAACAACUCAUCAAACCACCAACACAAUCGUCUCGAUCUAAAAAUUCGGCUGCAAUAGUUGCAAAUCAAAUGAAACAGAAACCAUCGAAAGUUGAAGAGAAUUUGAAGAAAUUAUUGAUGUUCAGCAGUCCCGUAAAUUUAGAUAAUGAAUCGACACAAAAGUUGUUCAAACGAGCUCAGACACAGAAGUAUGUCAUACCGGAAGCAAAAUCGAAUGUGGAACAGGAAACCGUUUUCACGGAUGAAGAUUUCCGGAAAUUUGAAAGGGAAUAUUUUUGCAGCUGAAUCGCUCCAUUUUCUUCUGUAAUGACAGUGGAUUUGUACUGAUGGAGCUUUUGUUAUUUGACAUGAAUUUUCAAUAAAAAUUUGUUUAAAAAAAAUUCAA